AGUCGGAAUAAGCCGAGUAAAACCGAAAGAGAAAGAAAAGAAGUAUGAGCAUUACUAUAUCGUGUACGAUAGUACCCAAUUAGUACUAAGUACGAAUUGAAUAAUUGUUCGAAACAUUUAAAAAAAUAUAUUUCUAACAUAAAUAUUAUAUAAAUAUCUAUCAUAAAUAUGUAUAAUUAAGAAAUAAAUAAAAAAAAGAAAAAAGAAAACAAAAAAGAUAGUUUAUUUGAGAUUAUACGAAUCAUACAUAACGAAUUCACGGCUACGAGUCAUUCAUCUAGUCUAGUUUCCGAAUCGAUUUCUACGUUUAAUACGUUCGUGUCGUUAACAAUCUUCAACUGUCGAAUUAUGGGCUCAGUCGUUUUAAAAUCUCUUUCAGUUCUUCUUGGGAUAUUCUUCGUUUUCGUUGGUACUAUGAAAUUGACUUCUCAUAUUAGUAAGGAUCUGCACAAGGAUUUGAGGAAAGAAUAUGUGAAAUAUGCAAAGGUAUUUCCACUAUCUGGUACACUGGAUUUUAAAGUACCAAGUAAAUGGUAUAGAAGAGUUGUUGGAUCAUUGGAAAUUAUUUGCGGACUCGCAAUGGCCAUAGUUCCAAGCCAUAAAAUAAAAAAUGCAUCAAAUACAGUAUUAUUAUUAUUAAUGUUAAUGGCUGUAUAUUCACAUUAUAUGGUAAAUGAUAAGUUUGAAAGGAUUGCACCAGCAUUGAUUUACUUCUUUUUAGGUGUUUUUUUUUAUGCUAACAGGCCGAUUAGUAAUAGAUUGGCAACUUAGACGAGAAGAUACACAACUAGUAACAGCUAAUGGUGUAGAUGAUAAAACUAAGAAACAAGAUUGAAUUUGGAAUUCUUAUACAUAUUCAUGAGACUAAAACCUUCAUUUGAUUAUCAUAUUAAUUAUCACCUGCAAUGUAUCAUGUAGGUAAUAGUUUGUUAAAGGAAUUCUUAUUAUGCACAACAAAUAAGUUAUUCAUUUGAUUUUUGAUUCCUUAUUUAUGAUAAUCAUGUAAAAUAUGAUCUUUUAAAUUUAUUUGUUAAUUUUAUUCAGGAUUUAUAUUAAAUUGCUCUUUCAACAAUAGUAUUUAAAUUUAAAUCUAAAGGAAAUAGAAAUCUUGAAAAUUUCAAAAAAUAUAAAUAUUUAUUAUUAUUACAAUAUAAUUUAAUCAAUGAAACAAAGUAUUAGCUCAAACACAAGGUAUUAACUGCCAUUUGAAUUAAUGUGUUCUUCUUGAUAUCAUAUUGAGAUUAAAUGUUUUUAUGUGUAAACAUUGCAUUAUAGCGCACACGCGUGCUUUCUUCAUAUUUAUAUUUUUACUUAUUUAAUUAUUUUUUUAUUUUUAAAGAAGAAAACACGCGUCUUUAAAAUUCGAAU